AAGUGAGUUGUGUCCGAAGAAACGAAAGCUGUGACACUCUCACCCCUUCGGUUUUAACUAAUAUUAGCUGCAAAGCAAGCAGCUGACAACGCAGCAUCUGGUUUUGUUUUAUCUUUUUCCACCAUUCACUCAUCACUCAUCCCAUCAUCAUCUCUCUCUCCUCCUCUCUUUCACUCCUGCACUUCUCUUUCCUUUCAUCUCCCUUUUUCUCUACUAUAAUAAUAAUAAUAAUAAUAUUAUUAUUAUUAUUACAGAUAAUUCUCAAAUUAAAAAAAAAAAUAGAAUUUCCUUUUUUAUUUUUUAAUUUUCUAGCACUCACUCGUAGGAAGCUUUCUUUCCAGUUGUCUAUCUCUUUUUCACCCCCUUCUUGUACUGAGAUUUGCCUUUCCAUUUCCCUAAAUCCACUCCUCCCAUUUCUCUCAUGAGUAAGGGAGAGAGAGACAUUAGAAUUCCAUAUUCUUUCCUCUUCAACUCCUCUAGUAAUUAAGAGAGAUCAAGAGACAUGCAGCAGGGUGGGUCCCAGUUCGGCGUCUCGUCAGAGAUGCCGCCGUUUGCUGGGGGUGGAGGGUUGGCUGAGGCUGCUUCGCCGAUCAGUAGCCGUCCACCUGCUGCAGGCCCCCCACCUGCUGGGAGAGGGAAUUUUGAUGAAUUGGGGCCGGUGAUGGGGAGCUACACAGAUGAUGACACUAUGGGUGGGGAGGAGGCCGAGAGGGGGGUGUCAGGAAACCGGUGGCCACGACAGGAGACUUUGGCGUUGCUCAAGAUUCGCUCGGAGAUGGAUGCUGUCUUCCGUGAUGCCACCCUUAAAGGGCCGUUGUGGGAAGAUGUAUCCAGGAAGCUAGCUGAAUUGGGUUACAGCAGAAGUGGAAAGAAAUGCAAGGAGAAGUUCGAAAACGUGCAUAAAUAUUACAAGAGAACAAAAGAAGGAAGGGCUGGAAGACAAGAUGGGAAGAGCUACAGGUUUUUCACCCAGUUAGAAGCUCUUCAUAGCAGUAGCAACACAAACAUCCCCACCCCAAUUGCUGCUGCCCCUCCUCCUCCUCCUCCUCCUGUUCCUACUACUGUGGCUGCUGCUCCUCCUCCUCCUAAUAAUCUGACACCCGCUCCGGUAUCAGUCGGAAUUGGAGGCAGUAAUACGAUGGUUGGAUCUUCUACAAGAAUUCAACAUCCCCCACCUCCGGUUUCAGCUGCCCCCACCACUGCUUCCACUCAAAUCAACAUUCCACGAGUUGGGUCUGAUUUAGCUGCCGGUGUGUCCGGUCCUGCAACAGCUGCUGCUGCAGUAAGCUUCUCAUCAAAUAGUUCAUCAUCAUCUGAUUCCGAUUCUGAGGAUGAGAUUGAGGAACGGCCGACAAUGGAUACACGGAGGAGGAAGCGGUCUGCGUCGGGUGUCAGCAGUAGCCAAAAGAAGAUGGCGUUCUUCGAAGGGCUGAUGAAGGAGGUGAUGGAGAAGCAAGAAGCCAUGCAGCAGAGGUUUCUCGAGGCGAUUGAGAAGAGGGAGCAAGACAGGAUGGUAAGGGAGGAGGCUUGGAAGCGGCAGGAGAUGGCGAGGCUAGCCCGCGAGCAUGAGAUCAUGAUGCAGGAGAGGGCCAUGGCUGCAUCCAGGGAUGCUGCCGUGAUCGCCUUCCUUCAAAAAAUGUCAGGCCAGACUAUUCAGAUAACACAGCCAGUUCUAAUUCCCGCCAUCCCACCACCGCAACCCGCUCUGGUGCCACAACCAAUUCUGACGCCGCCACCACAACCACAGCAAUCGCAUCACCACUAUCAACCACCACAGCAGCAACAACCACAACAGCAGCAACAACAACAACAACAACACAAGCCACCACAACAAUCUCAAAACACCGAAAUCAUCCGGCAUCAACCAUCAUCUUCCGAAUUAAUUGUGGCUCAACCGGAGCAGCAGGAAAUGGGAGUGAGCUUUGACACAACAUCCUCUUCACGAUGGCCCAAAUCAGAAGUUCUCGCACUGAUCAAGCUGCGAAGUGGGCUUGAGACGAGGUACCAAGAAGCAGGGCCAAAGGGUCCCCUAUGGGAAGAGAUCUCCGCUGGGAUGCAUCGUUUGGGCUUCAACCGGAGUUCAAAAAGAUGCAAGGAGAAAUGGGAGAACAUCAACAAAUACUUCAAGAAGGUGAAGGAAAGCAACAAGAAGAGGCCGGAGGAUGCCAAGACCUGCCCUUACUUCCACCAACUAGAUGCUCUCUACCGAAAGAAGCUCCUCAGUGGCAGUGGUGGAAGCCAAACUAAGCAAGAACAAGAGCAGAAUCAAAACCAACAUUUGCAAGAAAGCGGUGAAAUCCUAGCUAUCAUGCCACCACCUCCACCGCAGCCGCAACCAGAAGCUGAAACCAAGAAUAACAACAAUAAUAACAAAAACAGCGGUGACACCGAUUCUGGAGGUUCAUUGCAGGUUCAGACAAGCAACGGAGGUCUACCUCCGAGCUUCUUCGAAGAAGGGCCCAUGAAGAAGCCAGAAGACAUUGUGAAGGAGUUGAUGGAACAACACCAGCAGCAGCAAUCCGUGAUGGAUGACUAUGAUAAGCUCGAGGAACCGGACAGUGAUAACCUCGAUCAGGAAGACGAUGAUGAAGAAGAAGAUGAAGAAGAUAGGAAGAUGCCAUACAAGAUCCAGUACCAGAGGCCGAAUUCGGGUACGUCCAAUGGUGGAGGGAAUGCCGCCACGACAUCCUUCUUGGCCAUGGUUCAGAAGCUCUCUUCUUCUUGAUCUACUUCUUUAUAGCAAUGUACCAUAUGUACCUAUGUCCAGAGCUUAAGAGGAGAAAAAACCCAAAUCCAGGAUCCGAAAAGAAGUCGAAUAAUCUUUCCAUUUCGAAAACUAGUAUUUGUUCUCAUUCUUCCUUCUUCUUCCUGCUUAGAGAGUUUUUAGGCAGUCUUACUCAGUCGAAGUGUCGAACUCGUGGGGUGUCUUUAGUACUUUUUUUUUUUUUUUUUCCUAUUUUAUUGAUUUGUUGUUGAAUAAAAGAUCCGUUUCGGACCAAUGGGCGGACAAAAUUAAAAAGGCUGAAAUAAGCCCACACAAGAGAAAAUUCAAAGGAGGGAAAGAGUUGAAGCGAGAAAAGAUAGAAAUAUUACAAGCAUCAUCAUCGUCAUGGGCGGCCGCAAAAGCAGCAACAGCAGCAGCAAAGGCAGGAAAUACAAGGAAGUGAAGCAAGAGGAGGAAGGUUUUAUAUUUUUAUUUUAAAAUGUAGCGGGAUUUAUAUAUAAAUAGAUUGUAAUGUAAAAUGAAGUGAUUUUUUAUCUAUAUUACGGGGGUCUGACAAGGAGGAGACAAAGGCGGUAGUGUUGCUGUGAAGAGCUGAAUUUCGUUUUCUCUUUUGAAGCUUUUGAUGUGGGGUAUGAAUGGAGUUUUUUUUUUUUUUUCCUGUACAUUUUCUUAUCAGGAAUCUAUCUAUUGAUGAGUCUCUCUUA